AUGUUUUGCAUGCAAGAUGAGCUUGUUGGUAAACACAUGACAUGUACAAAGGGUGGCUCUGGGCCUGGGGCACUGUGGAGCUGUAUAAAAGCCUGUCGAACUGCAUGCUGCCUCAUUCACUUCUCUUGCCUUCUCCUUGGUGAACAGGUGAACCUCCAUCCCGCAGCCAUGUCCUGCUAUGACCUGUGCCGUCCCUGUGGCCCAACCCCUCUGGCCAACAGCUGCAACGAGCCCUGUGUCAGGCAGUGCCAGGACUCCCGGGUGAUCAUUGAACCAUCUCCUGUGGUGGUGACCCUGCCCGGACCCAUCCUCAGCUCCUUCCCCCAGAACACCGCUGUGGGAUCCUCCACCUCUGCUGCUGUUGGCAGCAUCCUGAGUGAGCAGGGAGUGCCCAUCAACUCCGGGGGCUUCAGCCUCUCUGGCCUUGGUGGCCGUUCCUACAGCAGAAGGUACCUGCCCUGCUAAAGCCGGGCUGGACGUCCAGAGCUGCAUCGACCAGGAAGCCCAAGGCCUGGUGCUGGUUUGAGGACGGAGCUGCUGGCCAGGGUUUCCAGAUGGGCUGAGCACCCUUGUAGCCUCUUGCAAAACAGGGUGGGAAGCAAAGUGCUGUCUGGACACGUCGUCAAAAUAUGUCUUCUUUAAAUUCCUAUCUUUUAUUACGCUCCUUGCAUUUGAAUUUCAGUUUUAUUUGGCAUGAUGCUUUACUUUUAAAUGGUCACUGAAGAUUUGGGAUGUUUGGUUUGGUUUUUUGUUUUUGAUUUUUUUUCUUUGUUCAGGAUAGAAGGAAAAGCAGAGUCUUGAUUUCUGUUGGAAUGGGUUAAGUGGCUUCUUUCCCCUAUAUAAAAAUGUAUAUUCCUUGUGAUUUGCAGAAUAUUUCUUGAUGUUUUAUCAUUAAACUGGUGUUGCAUCUGAA